AGCAUAUGCGCGUCGAUUUCGCUCCCAGCGGACGCAGUUUACUCUGACAAACAUUGACUGAAAGACGACCUGCAGCGCAACACGGUUGAAAAGGGAGCUGUUUUUUCCAAAGCGGUUAAAAACACCAGCCUAAAUAGUGUCAAUCUGCUCCAUGUGCAAGAGAGGAAUUUAAUCCAGUGCAGCAAAGUCCUGAACCGCCCAUGGACACUGUGAAGAUCUCAUAAAAGGACGCUAUUUUUAAGAAUCUCCCUGGAUAUUAAUUUCACUUUAUAUAAAAAAAAAAAGCGCACCAGAGAGCCUCCAAAAAGAGAGGAGAGAGAGAUGGAUGUGGCGGCAGAUCAGCCCCGCUGGAUGCAUCCCCAUGCAGCCAUGCUGAACGGACAGCACCCGGACUCUCACCACCCCGGCCUGGGCCACAACUACAUGGAGCCCACCACACAGCUGCUCCCUCCAGACGAGGUGGACGUUUUCUUUAAUCACCUGGACUCGCAGGGAAACCCUUAUUACCCAAACACAGCCAGGGCCAGGGUGUACAGCCAAGCGCACGCUCGCCUGGCGGGUACUCAGGUCUGCCGUCCUCAUCUCCUCCACAGCCCGGGGAUCCCAUGGCUUGACGGAGGGAAAGCAGCCUUGUCGGCCCACCACCACAACGCAUGGGCAGUAAGCCCCUUCAGCAAGCCCAGUCUGCAUCACCCGGGCUCCUCAUCCCCCGGCGCACUCUCCGCCGUCUACCCGUGCAGCGGCAACUCAAACGCGGCUACCGCAUCUUCUCUGACGCCGCCGUCCCAAACCAGCUCCCACCUGUAUAGCUUUCCCCCUACACCCCCCAAAGACGUGUCCCCAAACCCGGGAGCCGCGUCUCCUUCCUCCUCCGCCGCUGCCAGGAUGGACGAGAAGGAAUCUAUCAAAUACCACUUGUCUUUACCGGACAGCAUGAAGAUGGAGGACUCGAGUUCGCUGAGAAGCAGCCUGGCCUCAAUGAACGCCCAGACCCCCUCCACGCACCACCACAUACCGACUUACGCCCCCUACUCUCUCCAAGCGGCCCACGACUACGGCGGCAGCCUAUUCCACCCGGGCAGCCUGCUGGGGUCCUCAUCCGGCUUCACCCAAAAAAGCAAAAGCAAGGCGCGGUCCUGCACCGAGGGCCGUGAGUGUGUAAACUGUGGAGCCACCUCCACGCCCCUAUGGAGACGGGACAGCACCGGACACUACCUGUGCAACGCCUGUGGCCUAUACCACAAGAUGAACGGCCAGAACAGACCACUCAUCAAACCCAAACGCAGGCUGUCAGCUGCCAGACGAGCUGGGACCUGUUGUGCUAACUGUCAGACGACCACCACCACACUCUGGAGACGCAAUGCAAACGGAGACCCGGUGUGUAACGCCUGUGGUCUCUACUACAAGCUGCAUAACGUGAACCGACCUCUCACCAUGAAAAAGGAGGGAAUACAGACUCGUAAUCGGAAAAUGUCCAACAAGUCCAAAAAGAGCAAGCGGGCUAGCGACAGCUAUGAGGAGUUUUCCAAAAGUCUGCAUGACAAAAGCUCCUCCUUCACCGCCGCCUCUCUGGCUGGUCACAUGACUAUGGGCCACUUGCCGCCUUUCAGCCACACUGGACACAUGCUCCCCACCCCCACCCCUUUACACCCAUCAUUUGGACACUCGCACCACUCUAACAUGGUCACGGCGAUGGGCUGAGAGACUGAGACAAGGGGGCUCUGCAGAGAUUUUAACAUCUUGACAUGGUUGCAUAAGAGGAGAUAAGGGUCUGAGUAAAUGACAGGGUGUGAACACCUGCUGACAUGGACCACAAUUAUCUCCUAUUUGUCUUGAUUGAUCCUAGUUGCAGGUUGUGAACAGAAAGGGCCUUUUUCCCCUUUAUCAUCAGGUACUGAAUUUGCUGGAGAAAAAUUGGGCCUUCAUGUUUCUUUGCUAUAGGCACAUGAGAAAUGUUUUUGCACCAUAUAGUUUUGUCCCCACUGCCUGCCUGAAAACAGCAUGGUUCAACAUGUGCUGAGCAGAUCUAUAGUUACUGUGAAUAUUGUAAAUGUGUGAGCCUGGAGGGUGCAUCCCAGACAUAAAAAUUUCUUUCACCAAUUAAAAUAUGCUGGCUUUUUUUUUUGCUCAUGGACAAUUGUAAAAGCAGUUUUCCAGAAGAGGAAAAAAUAAAGAUUUAUGAACUUUAAUUUUAACACUGUUUAUUAUAAAUAUUGUUAAUGUAAUUAAUAUUGUUAUUCAGAUAAUUUAUUUUCACUAUUGUUUCUUUUUGUCUAUAUUAUCUGAUUUAUAAUAUGGAUAAUGUUAUCGCAGUUAUGAGUAUAUUUUUAGCUGAAGCGCUUUGUCUGAACUGGUCAACCUUUAUACUCUAACAAAUAAAGAGAUUGAGUUCACUAAA